AUGCACCAUUUGAGCAUCCAAACCACUCAUGCACCCAUUUUCUCGGAUUCACGGACGCACCCACCUCAUGGAAUCGCCCUUCGCUACCCAGCAGCGACCAGGAAUGUCCGUCUUCAACGCGCCACACCGACCGGAGGAGCUAUAAGUCCCAGCGAAGACGGGAUACGUUGUGUUGUAGCUGGAGCCGAGUACUUGCGAAUCAUUCGAGUCUCCGAUCCAGACGAGCCAAACCCCAAUAUUGAGCAUCGGUCAAAUGUGGGUCUCGGUGGCUAUCGUCUCGACUCAUCACGCAAUAUGUGGGACGCAACUGCACUCAAAACCGACAGUUCAGUCACUGAUGUCGAAUGGGCCCAUGGUCAAUUUAACCAUAAAAUCGUCACAAGUGCCCGUAAUGGGGAGCUAAUACUAUGGGACCUCAACAAAUCUGGUGUUUCGAAAUACGAGACCAAAGCCAAAGACCACACGCGAUCCGUGCACAAACUUUCGGUUUCCCCUAAUGUUCACCAUUACUGCAUCACUGGCUCUGCGGACGGCGAUUUACGGGCUUGGGACAUCCGAGAAAUUCACAAGUCUCGCAUGCGGAUUCAUCAUCCAACCGGCAUCCGUGGAAUCGCAUUCUCUCCGAGUCCAUCGCAGCCUUUGCAGGCCAUUGUAGGUCUAGAAAAUGGGAGCAUAUACCGUUGGGACCUGCGAAUGGGUCAACGGGGAUUAUUGGAUCGACUUUUAGUCGCCCAUACAGCUAGCGUCACCUCCCUGGAUUGGUAUCUUCCUGAUAGUAGCGAAACCCAUGCGAGUGACGGGACUAGCAGCUUGGGAUGGAUUGUCAGCUCUGGCCUGGAUCGGACUGUCAAGGUUUGGGACGUAAGUCAUGCUGGCACAUCCGCAACAGCAACCACCGCUGCCAGCCACAUACCACAAAAAGCAACAUAUACUCUGCACCCAUCGUUUCCGGUCCGACGCGUGAUAUGGCGACCUGGAUAUGACUGUGAAGUUGCCCUCGUCUCGAACUCCAACGCCGAAUUUGGGAGCGGGAACCUCUCGGAACCUUCGAUUACAAACCCAACUUACGCAUCAGCUUUAACUGGGCGUCACGCGACAGACCCAAGUGCAAACAAGAUGAGUCGUGAAAGAGGAGCUCUUGGCACAGGUGAUGCUGUGGAAAUCUGGGAUGUUCGCAGAGGUUGGAUAGCUAAAUGGACAGUCCGAGGUUCCGCAAUCGAGGGCGGCGUCACAGAUAUCGCCUUCCGCGAUUCUCAUGCGAUUUGGGCAACUCAUGCAUCCGGAAUGUUUUCUCAGAUUGAUUUGCGCGAUGCGACCAAGCCUAUUGACGCCAUACCCCGUGUGUCGAUAUCGUUUGAAGGAGGACGGAUUCGGGUUGCCCAGAUGUGGUUGCUUUUAGGCUCUGCCCUUAGUGCCGUGUCUCCCGAACCCCCAAGGCCCGCCCCUGUCCCAAUUCCCAGGCCAAUGCCGAAUUAUACUUUUCCACCACUUGCAAAAGCAGCUGAUCGUGAUAGCUCCGGAAGUCCGGGACGGUCCAGUUUAAAAGCUUCCCCUCACGACCGUAGUGCUUCCGGUUCGCGCAAGCUGACACCGACCUCUUCUAAUCAGUCCUCUCCUCGCUUUGAGGUUGAAUCCCUUCCUCCAGUUACCCCCAGAAGACCGACGCUGUUGAGUCGACGUCAGUCCGGGGACUCGGGAGCGGGUAGUCGGCGAUCCUCUCACCUUCGCCGUCCUUCUAUGAGCACAAACCUCACAAGCAGCAGCAAUCCUAGUCCGAGCAGCAACACGCGUCACGUGGGUGAAGGAGCGCUCGAUGAUUCAGACACGUCUUCCUCCGAAAGUGGAGCGAGCACAGGACUCGAUGUUGGAGACGAAAUGACCAAUGAUGACGUAAUAUCAUCGGAAAGCGAACGAGAGAACGAACCCGCGACGACCGUUUCACCAUCUGUCGUCCCGGCUCGUGUUCUGUCAGCAACCCGAUCUCAUCCCAGUCCUCUGUCAAAAAUUGCAGAGUUAAAUUGGUCAGAGAACGAAACCGAAGAAGGACAUGAUGAAACUACAUCGUCUCCCUCUCCCGUUUCAACCGAUGUCGACAAGUCGAAUAACGACGGGCGUCCUCGUUCUGGGCGGUUUAAAAUGCAUCAUCGAAAAUCAAAGUCUUCAGGGUCUAUUGGUAGUCGCAGGACAAGUUCAACCCGUCUCAAGUCCCGGAGUCGCAGCUCUACGUUGGCCUCCCUUGCCGCGCCCACAGUGUCACGCACGCUCGUUCACCAAUCAUCACAUAGCAGCAUCCUCACAGUUACUGCGGGAGAGAUGUCGCACCAAGAAACCACCAGUAAUGGGUUGAAAGCCGAAGACACGAUACGCGAUCUACGAAAUACAACGCGUGUACCACCUCCGCCACCCUCGAUAUCGCACGAAAGGAGCAAUGAUGGAGAACUCGUCGGGGAUUCAAAUCUGGAUGAUGGAUCCAAACUCACUGAGCGAAGAGGCGAAUUCGUCAGAGCGGAAGAGGCUCGAUUUCAAGACGCGACAUGGGACAUCAUCCGUGAACUGCUUGAAAGUUUUGCUGAUGAGGGAGACAUCCAGACGUGUGCGAUGCUUGCACUUGUGGCGCCUGAGGAGCUCCGUUUGAGUCGCAGGAGGGUUCUGCAAUUUCUGGAUGCGUAUAUUGACCUUCUCAGUCGACUUCAACUGCAUAGCUGUGCGGCAUAUAUUCGCAAGUUCUGUGGCAGGGAGGAGAUUUUCAAAACAACAUUGAUUGAAACUCAGAUACACACCUCAUGCGGCAACUGCAGAAAACCUUUGGUAAUCUCUGCGGGAACGCCAGCUGCUGGACAACUAGUGAAAGGAGGGUUCGCGUUUUGCAUUGGCUGCAGCUCGAAUUGUGUCACCUGUGCCAUCUGCCGCCUUCCUGUUCGUACUCUGCUGUUUCAAUGUGAAAUUUGUCAGCACGGAGGGCAUCAAGCUUGCUAUCGACGCUUGCUUUUCCAGCAAACCAUGGCUCCCAUCGCAAGCCCAGUUCUUGAGAAACGAGGUCGCAGAAGAGCACGAGACAACAACAACGAUGAGUCGGCGGGAGAGUCUCUUCAAGGACAUCGAUGUCCUGCUGGUUGCGGUCAUUUUUGCUGGGCUGCCAUGGCGGAAGCACGACCUGAUGUUGGAUGA